AAAUUGCUCUUUUCUCCGAUGAUCACCUCACUGACUUGGCGAAGCAACAAUGAUGUCGACGGAAUCUCCAAACCCUGGUACUGGUACCUGAGCACGCGACUAUGAUAUCCGAGAUGAUUGCAUUGACUUGAUAUGAACUAUCUGAGGAGACCUCUACUCGACCACCUCGUUAAGAGAAUUGCUUGCAACACGCCUUUGAGUCUCUAAAUCAAAACAUAACAAUAUCCAUGUCGUCAGUCAAAUUGCUGUCAACGAUUCUUUCCAGCAGCGGCCUUUUCUUCUCAUUUCCUUAAUUAGACACCAACUCUUUAUCUGUCCUCUUCAAGCCUCCGUUCGACACGGUCAUUGCUUGCUGUUUGCUCUUUGAUGCCCACGUUCUUUAGACGGCUGUUUGCCCUUCCAAGCAGGCUCUUAGGGUUUCCUCUGAGUCUCUUACCACGUCCCAGUCCACCAAAGCAGUCACCAUUCCCUUGCGCCAUGGAUAUCACAAAUGCUACCUUUCCUCAAGAACUGAUCAAGAUCAUUCAACAUAUUGCCGAUAGUCAGUUCAUUUCUUUUGACCUUGAAUUCUCUGGUGUAGCUGGAAGACGACCCGGUGGAGGAUCGGGCAAGCUUUCCUUACAGGAGUAUUAUCAGGACUUGAGAUCGGCUGCACAGAUAUAUCAAAUCUUACAGAUCGGUCUAACUGUUGUUACGGAGGACGUUGAGAAAGGUCGUUAUGUGGCUCGGCCAUACAACUUCAACCUUAGCCCGUUACCAGCAACCAAGGAGCAAGUCUUCCGGCGGGUAUGGUCAUAUAAUAGUGGAGCCAUCUCUUUUCUUAUGCGAAAUGGCUUCAACGUUGAGCGCCCAUUAACACAAGGAGUCCACUAUUUGUCCAGACAGGAAGAGGACGAGGUACGGAAGAAGCUUAUCGAAGAUGACCGUGCCCGAUCAAAGAUUCCCGACAUGACACUCAAAGACGAUGACUCGGUGCUAGUAGAACAUAUCAAGCAACGAGUCAACGAUUGGCAAUCACUGCCAAAAGACGAACAGGAAGACUAUCUCAAUAUCCCGGCAGAAGACGCAAAAGACCCCAUCCCGUCGUUGCUGAAUCGGUAUCAGGUCCGCUUGACACACCAGACCGUCAGAAAUGAAUAUCCAAAGCUCAAAACGCAACGCAUGGGCCAUUUCGUGCAGAUAACUAACCCUACGGCAGAGCAACAGGCCAACGAAAAGGAGGUUCGAGAAGACAUGCGGGAGCGCGAAGUUGCGCAUGCCGUCGGCUUUCGCUGGUUGCUUGAAGCCAUCAUGGGUGGUGACCUGUCCAAGCUGCCACACUUUUAUGUGAAAGCUGCUUUUCCCGAGGAAAAGGCUCCUGCAGAUAUUCAAGGUUAUCUGGAUUCCCUUCAGACGCAAUUGAAGAGUCGCCCGCGGAUCUUUGUGGGGCAUAACUGUUUGACCGAUGUGAUCAACCUCUAUCGCUGUUUCAUUGGCGACCUACCAGAGCGGGUGGAUGACUUUAAGGCCGGUCUGCAUGAACUAUUUCCCUUCAUCCUCGACACCAAAUACGUUGCAAGGAUUGGGAGUAAGCGCUGGGCCGACACAUCACUUCAAUCAGUGGAGAGUGAUCUCAGCUCGGUGGAAGUACCUCGAAUACACCUACCACAGGGCUUUGACCAUUACCUCCAUGCCGCAAACUAUCACGAGGCUGGCUUUGAUAGUUUCGUGACUGGAAAGAUCGGUCUGAAACUCAUCGGAAAGCUCAAAAGAGAGGGAAAGGAGAUCAAGACUUUGACGGAGAGAUCUGACACAGCCGUGGUUGAAGAAAAGAGCCCAGCUCAAUCAGGUGGUGGGCAGCGACACUUGAAAACGAGCGUGGUUGAGGUCCUCACGGCUCCAUUGUAUGCAGCGAAGUCGAUUUUGACAGGCUCUGAUAACAGCACUCAACAGCUAGCAGGGUCUGCCACAGCCGCAGACCCAACUGAGUCGACAGUCGUGACGUCUUCCAAAAGAGAAGGGCAGCAAGCCCAGGGACUAAGUGGUGAACGAAAGAAAGUGAAGACUGUGUCUCAAAAGUCAAACAUAUUCAAUAUGCUUGAGGAUGGCCCCUCGGAGGUGUCUGAAGAGCCCGACGCUGACGAGGAGGAGGCAGAGAACCAAAGGAGAAUCGCGGAGAUGGUGAAGAAAGGCGAACUAUUGCCGAGGUGGGAGGAGGAUGCUGAUUUUUGGAAGCUUGUUAGUAACAAGCUGCAAGCAAAUGCUUGCGAAGAGGGUGUUUUGGAUAUCUCGCAGUCGGCCAAGGCUUGAGUGAGGCCAUUAAGGUCAACCAGUGCCGUACAACACAGCAGGCUAAGAUGCAAUCGUGACAGAGGCCGAACGGCAAUCAGAGAACUGCUGACGAGGCUGGGUUGGACUUCUAAUUCAAGUUGCCGAGGUUCAGGCGACGUGACAUAAUUCAGAACCAACCCCGGACUUUCUCUAAACCUA